AAUAAAUAUAAGAUCUAGAUCUAGAUCUAUGCAUUUUAGAUCUAGAGGUCUAUACAUCCAGAAUCUAGAUUUAAAAUCUCUAAUAUAGAAAAAACAUUUUAUUGUAAUAGUUUGCAAAAUGCCAGAAGGACCAGAGUUAUUCUUGUCAAGUUUGUUUGUAAACAGAAUUUGCAAAGAUAUCAUUUUUGGUGGAAAAGUGGUGAAAAACCCUAUACAUAAAUGUCAAGAUAUAGAAUGGGAUGAGCCUCAAUACUCAAUUAGUGCAGAAUCUAAAGGGAAAGAACUAAUGCUGCAUCUAAAAGCUUUGAAUCCAGCUGAAAAAAACUCAAUGAAAAAUAAAAAGCAGCCUGCAAACUCUUCAAAAAUUAAUGGGAAAUCAUUGAGUAUCCAGUUUUCAUUUGGUAUGAGUGGAAAAUUUGAAUUUACCCCAGCAGAUCAAUUGCUUAAGCAUUCCCAUUUAAGUUUUUUUACAAAGACUGAGCCCAAAAUGGCUUUGAGUUUUGUGGAUUAUCGUAGAUUUGGUAAAUGGAGACCAGAAGCUUCUUGGACGUCUGCUAGAGGACCGUGCGUGAUUCAAGAAUAUGAGGAUUUUGUGACCAAUAUUGUAAACAACCUAAAUGAUGCAGCUUUUAACAAACCAAUAUGUGAAGCAAUGCUUAACCAGAAAUAUUUUAAUGGCAUUGGGAAUUAUCUGAGAGCAGAAAUAUUGUACAGAUGCAAAAUUCCUCCUUUUGAAAGAGCCAGUUCAGUGUUAAAACUUCAAACAGAUGAUGAAAUUAAACCAGAGGAGACAAAAGGUGGCAAAAAGCCAAAGGCUAAGAGACAACCCAAAACAGAGAUUUCAGCAAAUAACACUAAUGGCAUUACAAGUGAAAUGACAGAUGUUGAUAAUUCAAAGAAAGAGAUUAAACAGGAGGAAGCUGAACAAGCUUUGAAUGAAAAUAAAGUAUCUGCGUCUGGCAAGCUGACAGCUCAAGCACAAGAACUGCUUAGACUGUGUCAUACAAUCCCAUUAGAAGUUGUUCAGUUAGGGUCAACAAAGUAUACCUUGUCUGAAAUGUAUGUCAAGGGAGAAGAAAAUGGAGAACAAGGCUUUGAUGAUUGGCUCCAGUGCUACUACCAGCCAGGCAUGAAGAACAUGGUGGACCACAAUAAAAGAACUAUGUGGUUUAGUGGACCAGCAGGACCCUUGGCUCCCCCAGAGAGCAAGUCUAGAGCUUUGUUAAAAUCACUGAAACCAGUAAAGGCUGCAGACAAUAAAGAAUCAGACAAGGCAAAUAAUAAGAAAAAAUCAUCAAAAAAGAAAGGUGUCAAACCAAGCGAAACUGUAGAGAAACAUGAUCCUGAAAACAGUGAUCUUGAUGAUAACAAAGAUGAUGCUCUGUCUACAAAAACUGAAACAACUGAUGAAGCUGAUCACAGCACUAGGAAAUCUACGAGAAAAAGAAAAUCAGAAAAUUCAAAAAAGGGAGGAAACUCUGAAAUUACCACUAAAAAAUCCAAGUAUUUUAACAAUGGUAGAAGUGAUGUUCAGAUCUCCAAAAACAGCAGGAGGACAAGAAGGUCAGUAGAGUUGGAGGUGAAUAGUGAAGAUGUUAUUGAGCUCAAGAAAACUGUGUUGAGAAGGAAAAAAUCUGAAUUACAAAACAAGAAAAAUACAAACAAAAGAGCAAGCAAAAAAAGAGCUUGAUGAAAAAAAAAAAAGGUUCAGAUAGAGGCAUUAUGUUACUGCAUUUAUUGUAUGAUGAACAAACCAUAAAUAUAUAUACAU